CCGGUGGGGUGCGCGAUAGCAGAACACAAUGACGCCAUCCAUGCGUGAGUUUUGGCAGCAAAAUUGUAGGCCCAACAAGCUGAAUGUCAACCAUGUACCUGGGUUGGGCCUGGCCCAACAAAAAGGUCCACAAUUUCUGUUUCACCAUCUGUGAGGAAGGAAAAGGAAACUCUUCGGAGAAGGAGAUCGUUUUUUUUUUUCGCUCAUCCAGCGGCGGCGAGUGAAGACGGCAGCAGAAGAUCCUCCGUCGACGGCGGAAACCUCAAGAAUUUCAACAGCUACCCUGGUUUGGAGCGAGCUCCUUUUCGCCAUUGUUGUUGAAAAGAAGAGAACUUUUGAAGUUUGUGGUUGGGCAUUUCCUUCGCAAUGUUGUGGGCAAGUAUAAGGCAGAAACUUGUAAAUUCAGCUGGAAACGCUUCAAUCGACCGUGGAUUUACCAAUUUGUGUGGUGGAGCUAGAGGGAUCCCAGCCUAUUCAUGGCCGUUAAGAGACUCGUCGGGUUAUGGAAUGAAUAGGUUGUUUUCCUCAGCAUCAGAAGCUUCCUCAACAGGAAGUGAAACCCAGCAGGCCCCUAUGCCGAGGGCAAUGUGGAAGGGUCCAUUCGUGGAUGCUUUCCUGUUGAAGUUGAAGAACAAGGGAGACCCGCUCAACAACAGGAAGAUCUGGUCGAGGAGGUCGGUCAUACUGCCUGAGUUCCUAAACUCCACCGUCAGGAUAUACAAUGGGAAGUCGUUCGUUCGUUGCAAGAUCACCGAGGCCAAGGUAGGACACAAGUUCGGGGAGUUUGCUCUCACGCGAAGGAGGAAGUUCAGAGGCAGCGACGGCAAAGGGGGUAAGACUAAGACUCUUAAGAAGGGUGGCAAGAAGUAGUAGUAGUAGCAGACUAGCAGCCUCAUAAUUGGCUGUUCUUUGUUUUACAUCACUAGAGAAUUUGCAGUUGGAACUUACAAAGAUGAAAGAUUUUGAGAUGUGAGUUGCAAAAUUUAGGAUAUGUUGCCAUGGCAUCUUAGUUUCUGAAGUCCAUGGUUCUGAUUUCCUACAUAUUUGUUCAUUCUACUGCUGAUAAACUGGAAAACAAACCAGUUAAGCGCUGUUAUCAAUAGAGAACGAUCUCAAACUGUC